AUGGACAGCAGCAGAGAGAAGGUGAAGUUUACGUGGCGACGAAGUGCCGUCACCUCACCCAUACAUCAUCAGGACACGAAUGCUGGCUCCGGCACACCCUCUCCCCAGAAUAUAUCCCAAAAUGAAGGUUCAAAUUCUUUGACCUUCAGUGAUUCUCCAGCAUCCAAGGGCCUUGGAGCACUGAGUCUGGACACUCCCAAGAGAAAAAUGGAGGUGCUUGAUGAAAGUGAGCCGUCUUUAGGCAAAGUCAAGCUUAGGAAGGUUUCGAAGAAAAAAUUUGAGACAUGUAGAACUUUAAAAGACAAACUGAGCAACAACUCACCCAAGCAGCUGGAAUCCAUAAAGAGUCAACAUUCAUCACCAUCUUCAUCUCAAUCUGUCAUGUUGAAAAACACAAAGAGGACACCUGAGGAAGCCUCAAAGGCGAUCUGUAGGAUGGCGUUAAUUGCAGCCAUUGACAGCAGAACAGCAAGGUGCAGCACUGCUCAUAGCCCAAGGACUGACUCCAACAGCGGGUCUUUGUCACUUGUGUCAUCACCUGCACCAAAUGAAGUGCCUAAUCCAGCGCACCUUGACAGAAAGAUCAUGGAUACUGCCUGCUUCUCGAUCAGACCUGACAGUAAAUUCGAGGACAAUGGCACCAUCAAAGAGGAUCAGUGGUCCCCCAGUCAGGUGUUGGAGGACACAGAAACCCAAGAUGACAGCUCAGAGCUAAAGACUGAUCUAAGGAGUUUUGUGCUAAAAGGAGAGGAUUCGCUCAGGCAAUUUGUUUUUGAAGACCCUACAUUUACAGAGACAACAUCCCCAGACAAGUUACUUGUUCAGGAAAAUGUAUUGAAAACCGAGGACUGUGACUCAUCCCUCACUGAGCUGGAGUGUAUUUCAGACUCUUUGCCUUAUUUCGCAACUCAAGAGAGCAGCCAGGGACACCAGAAUCCUUCAGUGAAUACCCAGGGAGUUACAUCUCUCACCUAUUUAUCCAGUAAUGACACAACUGAGACCAUCCAGGCAGCUGCUGAGAACACACAGAUGCCAUUCUCAUCACCACAGAGAACAGUUUAUGUCUCAUUCAAGCAGCCCAACCUACCAAACAUGGGCUCUUCAAAGGCUUCCUGGGUUAAGACUGAGACUUUGUCCUCAUCCAGCACUGUGGCCUGCUUAACUGAUCCCUUUGCGCUGCCGUUAAAUUCAAACAGGAGACUAUCAAGUCCCCACUUGUGCUCCACGACCUCACGCAGACAAUCGGAAGGUGGCUUUUCUCAGCGUGACCCCACCAACUCCUUUACUCGUGGUCCAAAGAAAAGAUUGUCCUUGGGGGCAAAGCCUUUGUGGACCAGUUACCCCCACCAGGACAGUCAGGCCGGUUUCAUAGACACACACUGCCAUCUAGACAUGCUCUACGGAAAACUUCGCUUUUGUGGCUCAUUCAGCAGCUUUAGAAGGUUUUAUCAGAGCAGCUUUCCUCCACAGUUUCAAGGCUGUAUUACAGACUUCUGCAACCCUCAGAUCAUGGUGAAGGAGGCCCUGUGGGAACGUCUGCUGGCUGAGGACAAGGUAUGGGGGGCAUUUGGGUGCCACCCCCACUUUGCCCAGAACUAUUCAAACAUUCAAGAGCAAAAUAUACUGAAGGCAAUGAGGCAUCCAAAAGCUGUGGCAUUUGGUGAGAUGGGGCUGGACUACUCCCACAAAAACUCCACUGAAACCUCCAGACAAAAAGAGGUGUUUGAGCGUCAGCUUAAUUUGGCUGUGGCCAUGCAGAAGCCUCUGGUGAUCCACUGCAGGGACGCAGAUGAUGACCUGCUGACAAUCAUGAAGAAGUGUGUCCCCAGGGAAUACAAAAUUCACAGGCACUGUUUCACAAACAGCUACCCAGUGAUUGAGCCCUUCCUCACAGAGUUCCCCAACCUGUAUGUGGGCUUCACAGCCGUCAUCACCUAUCCCAGCGCCACCAAUGCCCGAAAUGCUGUCCGCCAAAUUCCUCUUAAUCGCAUUGUGUUGGAGACAGAUGCACCAUAUUUCCUGCCAAGACAGGUCGGUAAAGAUGUCUGCCGUUUUUCACAUCCUGGAAUGGGCAUCCACACUCUGCAGGAGCUGAGUCUGCUGAAGGGGGAAGACAUGGCCACGGUCCUGGACACCAUCCGAAACAACACCACUCAGCUGUACGGUAUAUAA